UGUGGUGGAGCUGGAGCGGCGCGUGCGCGCGGGCGGCCCCGGGCGGGAUGGUGGGCUCCCUGCUCUGUUUCAUCCUGGCGCCGCUGGCCCGGCUCCUCGGCCGGAUUAUAGGCCCUUACAUUGAGGAUGACUCUUCAGGGGAAUGUUCAACAGCAUCAUUAUUGGAAAGUGACAGACUAUCUGAUGGAGAUUCUGCUCCACGGCUACCACUUAGCAAAGACCAGACUGCUUUGCUUCAGGAUUGGUUUCGGGAGAGGCCAGGUGAACCUUCAAAAGGGGAAUCAGCAGGGGAGACACCAGUGAGUGUUGACAUGGAGAAAAAGCCCCAGGAUCAACCAUCAGAGAGCUGGGAGGUGGAAGAGGCCACCAUGGCAUGGCAGCAAACUAAGAAUGUGCCAACAUUGUCCCAGCAGUCAGAACAGUGGCAGGCUGCUGCUGUGGAGAGUAUCAAUCAGGACCAGAGUAUUGUGGGAUGGCAGUUGACCUCGACAUCUGAGACUGUCACAGGCUGGCCAACAUUGUCAACCCAAGGACUGAAGGAUGAAACUGCAGGUUGGACACCAGCACUUGCUCAGAAUAUGGGUGGGUUUGAGCUCCCAACAGGCUGGCAGUUUCAACCUCGGCAGCAUGAUAGCCAGCGUGGUGGUAUUAUGGAAUGGCAAUCGAUGCCAGCACACAUGAAUGAGCCAGUUGCAGCUACAGGGUGGCAGUUUCCCACUCUGUUGGAUGUGAAUGCAGCAGCAAACGACCUGUGGCAGUUUCAAAGUGAAGGCAAUCUUGUAAUGGGCACAGACCCGUAUCAAGGUCUUCUUGCCAGAGUAUGGGAGGAUUUGUCAAGAUCCCAAGUGGAUGGCAAUGAUGACAACAAGUCAUUUGAGUUUACCAUAAUGUCGUACAAUAUUCUGUCACAGGACCUUUUGGAGACAAAUUCUGAUUUGUACUCUCAUUGUCAGCCUGAGUUCCUGAAAUGGGAAUUCCGAUUUCAGAAUAUUCUGCAGGAGUUUGAGACCUGGCAACCUGAUAUUCUGUGCCUCCAGGAAGUUCAGGAGAAUCACUACCAUCAGCAGUUUCGACCAGCUCUCCAACUGCAGGGUUAUGAGUGCGUUUAUAAACGACGCACUGGUAUCAAGACGGAUGGGUGUGCUGUGUGCUACAAAAAGGAGCGGUUCUCCCUGGUUUCCGAACACCCUGUGGAGUAUUUUCGACCCAUUGUGGAAACGUUGAACAGAGAUAACGUAGCGCUGCUGGUUCUCCUCCGACCCCUGACGCCAGACUGUGUCGAAGAAAACUCAAAAUUUCCUGACAUCUGUGUGGCAAACACUCACCUGAUUUUCAAUCCCAGACGGGGUGAUAUUAAACUCACCCAACUUGCUGUGUUAUUUGCUGAAAUUGAGCAACUAAUACACACAGCAGGUUCUGAUGGUAAUCGCUGUCCAAUCCUUCUCUGUGGUGAUCUGAACUCUGUCCCAGAAUCUCCUCUGUAUAAACUCAUCCAAAAUGGAGAGCUCUACUAUUAUGGAAUGCCAACCUGGAAGGUGUCAAGUCAGGAGGACUGUUCUUACCAGAUGUGUUCAAGGAAACUCUAUGGCCCUUUGUGGCCAAGCAGACUCAGGAUAACUGACAGUUGUCAGUAUGUUGAUAUGUGUGAAAAGAAGAGAACAGGAAAACGCAGAUAUGGUCGUGAGUUUCUCCUUCAGCUUCAAUAUUCCACACCAGCUCUUGAACGUCCAGAGAAUCUUGUCUUCAUUGAAGGUGUAACUGAUGCAAAACCAGAGCCUCCAGGGGAUGGUUCAGAACGCUACGUCAGUGUGUCCGAGCCAGAGGAUGAACUCUUCUGUAAUAGGUCUCCAACCACCCUCCGACACAACCUCAACCUAACAUCAGUCUAUAGUCAUUACCUACCUGAUACAGGUCGGCCUGAGGUUACAACCUGCUCAUCUGGUUUUGGCCUCACUGUGGAUUACAUCUUCUACUCGGCACAACCAGUCACCGAUAAGAGUGGAAAAGGGCGUAGGCGGUACAAGGAUGGACCCCUCAAACUACUGGGCCGACUCUCCUUGUUAUCUGAGCAUGACAUCUGGCUGGCUAACGGGUUGCCCAAUGGCAUCUGCUCUUCCGAUCACCUCUCGCUGCUUGCCAAGUUUGGAUUGAAAUCCCUUGGUUGAUUUUUAAAAAACAACUAGUGAGACUUGCAUGUGGCAAAUGAGCCCUCAUGAAGCUUCAAGGACAAACACUGCCUGCUGAGCAGAAUGAAGUUCUGAUUGUGAAUCAUAACACUGGCAACACCUCUCUUUCUCACCUCCCACUACCGCAAGACUAAAAAGAUACCUCCCAUCACCCAAGACAUCCUGUGAGCGGUUGCUUCGUUUGUCUUCUGCCUCCAUUCAGGAUCUGUUUCAUGAUGGUCGUUAAUACUGAGAAACUCUAUUGCAUUAUAUGCAACUUGGUGAUAUCAACUGUACUACAGACAAUGGGCAGUGCAGUGGGACAGAGCUGUUGUUGGUCAGGACAUCAUAUUACAGCAUUUGAAAAACACCUGUCUUGACAGAAACCAAUGCAGUGGCCUGUGAUUUUCUUUUUAAAAAAAAGAACAUGAAGAAAAUUCGUCCCAUUAAUUAAAGACAGAAACCCUCAAACACACAAGUUUGUUACCAAUUUGUUUAUCAUUGUUUGUUUUUCUUUGUAAAUGUUGGUGUAACUAGGCUCCAUACUUCUCUCUGGCUAAGUUCGGUAGUAGGCUGUGGAACCCAGAUCCACUGGCUAAAGGACCAAAUUCUUCAGUCAGCCGGAAUCAUGGGAUUUAUGAACUUGUGCCCAUAGUUAUUUUUUACAGUUGGUGUGUAAGAAUAGCUUGGAACAGUUUGGUGGCACUAUCUGUAGAUAAAGUGUAUAUUCAAAUAGUGUAAUUUUUAAAGGCUUUGUUUUGCCUAAUAUUUUUGUGAAAUGGUUCAGUAACAUUUUGAUUAAAUAAACGGCUUGUUUAUUUGACAGGUGGUGAGAUUGUUCAUUCCUAUUUAUGUAAAUGCUGCUGGAAUUAAUACAU